GCGGCCACUGCAACUCGUCAUGCGCAGAUGAUGAGAUUCCUCUGCCUGACCUCUGUCCUGCAGGAAACUGUUCCUGUUGUGUCAAAGCAGAGGAAUGCACGCAAAGCAAAUGCUGCAGCUUUUCUGGAGGGAGAUGCGACCGGGCUUGCAACGAUGGAGAAGUUGCAGAAGAAGAUCUUUGUGCUGGAGACUGUGUUUGCUGCUUCCAAGACACGUGCCCCGACAGCCCCAGGUGCCAGGCGCUGGACGGGCGCUGCGUGGAGAGCUGCGAGGCCGACGAGCUGGCCGUCCCGUGGCUCUGCGGAGGCGAAAACUGCACCUGCUGCGUCCAGAACAACUGCAACCAGACCAAGUGCUGCGAAGCCUUCGGCGGAAGCUGCGGCAAGGUGUGCUACGAGGGCGAGGCGCCCAUUGAGGGCGUGUGCGAAGGAACGUGCCAGUGCUGCGUCAAGGCCCCGUGUGAGCAGAGCAACUGCUGCACCGUGCUGGGCGGCAGCUGCAACGCCACGUGCGGCCGAGGCGAGAGAGCCGUCGAGGGCGUCUGCAACGGAGAGCACUGCCUCUGCUGCGUGCCAGUGCUGA